AUGCCUCCAAUAAACAUUUCUCUCAAGUGCAUGCAAGAUACUGAUGAAUUCCUUUCUGAUUUGAAUUCAGUGAAGCCCAAAGAAUACGCUCUGAGAAUGUAUGACUCUGUGGGGAAGCUUGGGAGCAACGUUCUUAAUGGAAACGUGGACAGGCUGGGAUCAUACAGUGAGUGCCUCUCCGCCCGGGGCCCAGCAGGGAGCUUCCAAGGGCAGUACUGCAAGCUUUAUGUACAGCAGGAUGGAGCCGAUUAUAGUGUGGGCAUAUGUGUCCCUGAUUCCUGUGCUGAAGAGGAUGUGACGACGAUGUCUCGGCUGGAUAUUUUGAGGUUCAGAAACACUUCGUUCUUGGCUCCUUCCCUCUCCCUCUUUACAGCAAAUUCUUCCUCCUUGUCGGCUGGGAGUGUGGCCAGAUGUGCUGCUGGACUGUUCCCCCUGGACACAUUUGCUGCCCUGUGUCUCUUUCUCACCUUGCUGGGCCUGGCACUCCCUCUGGCUGGAACCAUCCUCGUGGCGGCCAGGGGACAGGGCCCUAACCCUGGGACUUCACCAACACCCGGGACACCUUCCACCCAGUAUGGGAGUGUGCCUUUGAGAGAGGCAGAGAGCAGGUGGCCAAGAAGCAGAUUCCAGUGGACGGCUUGCCCCACCCAUCUCUCUCCCCCAGGAGCCACGAGUGGAGGAAAAGGGUUUCUAGGAGCCGUGGAUCAUGCUCUGCAGUGCUUUUCUUGGCAGAGGAACAUGCCGGCCAUCUGGACUACAAAGAUGCCAGGAGGCACCUGCCCUGCACUGAAUGGCAUCCGUGUCUUAAGUCUCCUCUGGAUCAUCUCAGGACAUACCAGCCAGAUGACCGCGUGGCUGUCUUUGGAUAACGUGCUUGAAUGGAAAACCAGAGUGCUUAAAAACCCACUGUACCUUUAUUCUCGGAGUGGCCCCUUCUAUCUUGGGGUUGAUACCUUCUUCCUGAUCAGUGGUUGGUUAAGUGCAAGGUCAUUUCUAAAGAUUCAACAGAAUUCAGACAAAGGACUAACCCCUAAAGUCAUACUCAGAUACUUUCUUAAUCGUCUUAUAAGACUGCAGCCUCUUCACCUGUACUCAGUGUGCUUGUUGGUUGGAUUGUUCCCUGUCGUUCCCUGGGGACCUGUCUGGGAAGUACCCAAAUUCCACUGGGAUAACUGCCGGCAAGCUUGGUGGACCAAUCUGCUGUUGCUAAAUAACUUUGUGUCCGUCCAGAAUGCGUGUAAUGGCUGGACCUGGUACCUUGCCAACGACUUCCAGUUCCACCUCACCACACCGCUGAUUGUCCUUGUCUACAGAAAAAGCAAACAUGUGCUUGUCCUCCUCGGGGCCCUGCUGUUCCUGGCAUCUUUCACUGCCACUGCUCUGCUCACACUGGCUUACAGACUUCCCGUGUCGUCUCCAUCGGCAGCCAGUGAAAAUGAGACUGUAAUGUAUUUCUUGGAAUACUACACCAAGCCCUACUGCCGAUAUGGACCAUUCCUUGUGGGCCUCUUUCUGAGCAUUUUCAUGCACCAAAACCAUCAGUCAAAUAUUCUCAAGACCAAGGUGCAGGCCCUGUUGGGGUGGACUUGCUCCCUGCUGACCCUGUUCACGGUUGUCACUCUGGCAUACGUGCUGGACGAUCUCUCCGCUGAGACUUGGGUGGCCGCCGCAGUCUACCAGGCCCUCCACCGGACCCUGUGGGCUGCCGCCGUGGGCUGGGUCAUCUUUGCAUGCCAGGAAGGCUAUGGAGGUCUGGUGAAAAGGGUGCUUUCUUGUGACAUCUGGAGUUUCCUGGCCGGCAUCAGUUACGCUUGCUACCUGGUGCACCCGGUUCUGAUCAUCCUGCACAAUGCACUUCAGGAGACUCUUAUCCACUACACUGAUUCCAACAUGUUCUAUCUUUUCACUGGACACUGUGUGCUGACCUUCGUCUCUGGGCUGGCCCUGACGCUGUUCAUUGAGAGGCCGUGGCAGGAACUGAAGUGGACCCUGUGUGGCCGGGUGCCUGCAGAGCCAUGA